UCCGGGUCUCUGCGCUCCCGCUCCGGAGCCCGCAGCCUUCCCCAGCCCAUGCCGGGGACUCGGACCCCGCACCCUGAGAGUCUUUGUUAAUGGAUGUGGUGGCCCGAGGCACCACGACCCGGAGGAGCAGGUUGAAAAGAUCCGAUGGCAGCACCACUUCGACCAGCUUCAUCCUCAGACAGGGUUCAGCGGAUUCCUACACGAGCAGGCCGUCUGACUCCGAUGUCUCUCUGGAAGAGGAUCGGGAAGCAAUUCGGCAAGAGAGAGAACAGCAGGCGGCCAUCCAGCUUGAGAGAGCAAAGUCCAAACCUGUAGCAUUCGCUGUGAAGACGAAUGUGAGCUACUGUGGUGCCUUGGAUGAAGAUGUGCCUGUCCCAAGCACGGCCAUCUCCUUUGACGCCAAGGACUUUCUACACAUUAAAGAGAAAUAUAACAAUGAUUGGUGGAUAGGAAGGCUGGUGAAAGAAGGCUGUGAGAUUGGCUUCAUCCCAAGUCCGCUUAGAUUGGAGAACAUACGGAUUCAGCAAGAACAAAAAAGAGGACGUUUUCACGGAGGGAAAUCCAGUGGAAAUUCUUCUUCAAGUCUUGGAGAAAUGGUAUCAGGGACAUUUCGAGCAACCCCCACAUCAACAGCAAAACAGAAGCAAAAAGUGACGGAGCACAUCCCUCCCUACGAUGUUGUGCCAUCCAUGCGUCCGGUGGUGUUAGUGGGGCCGUCACUGAAGGGUUAUGAGGUCACAGACAUGAUGCAGAAAGCCCUCUUUGAUUUCCUGAAGCACAGGUUUGAUGGGAGGAUAUCAAUAACAAGAGUGACAGCUGACAUUUCUCUUGCUAAGAGGUCUGUCCUAAAUAAUCCCAGCAAGAGAGCAAUAAUUGAACGCUCAAACACUCGGUCCAGCUUAGCGGAAGUACAAAGUGAAAUUGAAAGAAUCUUUGAGUUGGCAAGAUCUUUGCAACUGGUUGUUCUUGAUGCAGACACCAUCAAUCACCCAGCACAACUUAUAAAGACCUCCUUAGCACCAAUUAUUGUUCAUGUAAAAGUCUCAUCUCCAAAGGUUUUACAGCGGUUGAUUAAAUCUAGAGGAAAGUCCCAAAGUAAACACUUAAAUGUUCAACUGGUGGCAGCUGAUAAACUUGCACAAUGUCCCCCUGAAAUGUUUGAUGUUAUACUGGAUGAAAACCAGCUGGAGGACGCGUGUGAACAUCUGGGAGAAUACCUUGAGGCCUACUGGCGUGCCACUCACACGACCAGUAGCACCCCCAUGACCCCACUGCUUGGAAGGAAUUUGGGUUCCACAGCACUCUCACCAUAUCCCACAGCAAUUUCUGGGUUACAGAGUCAGCGUAUGAGGUACAGCAACCACUCCACAGAGAACUCUCCAAUUGAAAGGCGAAGUCUAAUGACCUCUGAUGAAAAUUAUCACAAUGAAAGGGCUCGGAAGAGUAGGAACCGCUUGUCUUCCAGUUCCCAGCAUAGCCGAGAUCAUUACCCUCUCGUGGAAGAAGAUUACCCUGACUCAUACCAGGACACUUACAAACCUCAUAGGAACCGAGGAUCGCCUGGGGGAUAUAGCCAUGACUCUCGACAUAGGCUUUGAGUCUGCAGAAACAAACAAAAUAUUCAUCUGUUGACAAUUUGCCAUUGCACUGCUAGGAUACAACCAAUCAUCUUAACUCGGCAACUACAGCACAGUAUUGACUGUGCUUAUGGGCUGCUGUCAUUGAUGCUAAGAAGGGGCAAAAAGAAAAAAAAAAAAAAAAAGUGUACAUUAUGCCCUUAAGUCUAGAUGGAUGUUAGAUGCCCAAUCAUAGAGAUAUUUUUAAGUGCAACAUUUACAUAACAGUACCUUUUGUUUUCUUCAUUAGGUUUAGACACAUCAAUUUGUAAUUUAAGGUACUUAUCAAGGCACAUAUAAAAUAAUUUCCCAUGCUGGAAAUUCCAAAUGACCAGUUCCAGUUGGAACCAAUUUAUAAACCAAUUCCUGUUGGAAUUUGGGUGAAUCGACUAGAAAGUCUAUUUGAGCAUGUUGUAAUCAAUUUAAAAAUCUGAAAAAAAAAAAAGAAACUAAUCAAUAAAAUCAAAAUACCAAUAGAAGCCAAAACCAGCUAUGGUAUUUAUUUGCUGGAGACUAAAUUUACACUUAAAGUUGGAAUGUAUAAACAUUUUAAUAUAUGUUAACGUUGCCAGAAUGGCUUUUCAAACUUACCAAAUGUAUUGAUAGUGCAAAAAAAAAAUCUCAAAUUAAUGCAGAAAUUCUACAGUCUCCUCAGAUUUUAAUAUUUUUAUUUCUUUUCUGGCACAGCUGUUGUAUUCGAAGUGUUUUGCUUUUUGUUUAGUCACAACUGUUAGCUUGUUUGAAGUUGGCAAAAAAAAAAAACUCAAAAUUUCUUUAGCAGUGAGAGAGAAUAGUAAAGAGAAGCCCAAUCAUAGCUGGUUAUGUGAGAUGGAAAAUGGGGUGUUGUUUCCCCUUUAAUCAAUCUGAGCACAACUACAUACAUUCAGGAAUCUGAAGUCAGACAGUAAGAAUGGGCACAGAUCCUCCUGAGUGCAAGGCUAAACAUCUCCAGAUGGGAUUUCACCUAUCCCACUUACCACAAAUACGGGUUCCAUGUUCACCGCCAGCACAAUUGAGUAUCUUUCCAUUGCUUCACUCAGUCUCUGUCUUUGAAUAUCUGAAUGUUCUAGCCCUUCACCAAAUUCUUUAUAAUCAUGCUAAGGAUUUCUUGUUUUACAUGGACACACUGAAUUUUGAUAUUGAAAGCUGCGUUUAUACAAAAUGAUUAAUUGAAAAACUGUGAAAACGAAUU